AUGUCUAACAAAAAUGAAAUUAACAUGGACAAUACUCCCAAAACCUACGGCCCAAAGGCUACGGUGGCACACGUUGUUUCGUGGUAUGAGAGUAUAUUGUUUAUAUUUCAUCCGACCGGAAGUUUUCUAUCGGGAUUCCUGCAAGAAAGAUAUGGAAGGAAACAGUGCAUGAUUCUCGCCAACGUCCCCAGUAUUUUCGGAUGGAUAUUGCUGUACUACACACACUCCACAGUUUCACUUUACUCGUCCACCGUGCUGAUGGGCUUGGGCAUAGGAUUCAGCGAAGCCUCGAUAUCGUCGUACGUCGGCGAAAUAACCGAACCGAGACUCAGGGGAUCGAUGGCUUCAUUGGCAAACGUCGCAUUGCUGAGUACACUUUGUCCGAUCACGUGUAUAUGCCUUGUGAUUUUGAUUCCAGAGUCUCCAGUGUGGCUGGUUUCCAAAGCGAAAAACGAAAAAGCCGAAAAUUCCUUGUGUUGGUUAAGAGGAUGGGUAGAACCCGAAAUUGUCAAAACCGAACUCCUUGAACUCAUCCGAUAUAACGAAGUACCUGGAACUCAUCGAAGAACGGCCGAUGUUAAUCCAGUGUACCUUGGAGACCGUAGGUAUACCAGUAAAAUCGUGACAGAAGUUGGUAUAUCGAAUAAUCAAAGUUUGCUUUUGGUAGUUUUUGCUGUAGUACAAACUAUUGGAUCCUCGAUAGUUGUAUUGACCGUCCAUUAUCUGGGGAAAAUUUUUUUGACUAAUUUGACAUUUUUUAUCAACACAUUAUUGAUGUUUCUAUUCGGUAUCUACAUUGUAGCAAUUAAGAAUGGCUAUAUAUACUCAAUUACUUGGAUUCCUAUAACUUAUAUAUUAUGUGGCAUUAACUUUUUUGGAGCUUCAGUCAUUAUUUUGCCAUGGAUAGCCCGAGGUAUUGCGACUGGGUCAUCUGCAGGAUUGUCUUAUUUAUUAAUAUUCAUAUUAACAAAAUCAUACAUAGAAAUAGAGAUUCUAUUGACCUUGGAAUACACUAUGGUUCUCUUUGGUUGUUUGGGCAUUUUUGGAUCACUCUACUUAUACUUUUAUUUACCAGAAACGGAAAAUAAAACACUAUUAGAAAUCGAAGAAUUUUUAACAUAA